GAAGAACAGGGGUCCUUCUGAACGUGACACGAUUUGUGCCAUCGUCCAACUCCAAUCCUAACAGGAUCAAGUAGCCAUUGGCCAGGAUUAGUCUCCCUCGAACAUGGAUCGCGCCCCAAUCAGCUCCAAGCCGGGUCCUGCCCAGGCGGGGGCUGGAUCCGGCUCACUCGCCAUGAACCAGAAGUUUCGGGGCCCGAAAACCCGACUCAAACCUUCAGCCGCCUUUAUGGCCGCCGCUCGGCAAAACCAAAGUGACACUGACAGCCUCGCUUUGACCCAUGCCCAGCCCUCGGGUUCCACUGUCGCCCACCCCUCGCUCUCGGGUCCAAGUGUGGGAGCCGUAUUCCAAUCACCCACUCCGAGUACGCUCCAUCCGCAAAUGAUGAAGCAGGCCCGGGCCUCGGGACAGUUGAACUUGUCGGGGCGUGGUUUGGUGACCGUGCCCGAGCAAGUCUGGCAUCUUCAGGCACCUUUACCCGAAGAGUCGGCUCAGGCCAAAAAAGGAUUCAGUUUGGAUCAGGUGGAAGAGGUUGAGCCGUGGUGGGAACAAGUCAGUUUGACCAAGUUGAUUUUGGCCUCUAAUCAAUUGACGCUACUGCCGGCCAAUCUCGGUGAUUUGAGCACCUUAACCGUGUUAGAUUUGCACGAUAACAUGCUCAAGGAGCUACCCAAUGAAAUUGGAUUAUUGACUUGCUUAAGUAAACUGAAUGUGAGUCACAAUCGCCUGAGCGGCUUGCCUCCCGACUUUUACCGAUUGGCCUCCCUUCGAGACUUGAAUUUGUCCAAAAAUGAGCUACGACAGUUGAGUGAUGAAAUCAGUCAAUUGAAUAUGCUUCAAAAGCUGGAUGUGUCAUACAAUGAUAUGGCCCAGUUACCCUCGGCCAUCGGCUAUUUGACCAAAAUCACUCACUUUAAUUUGAGCGAUAAUCGUAUUCAAGAUCUGCCAUUAGAGCUCUCCUUCUUACGGAACUUGGUUAGUCUAGAUGCUAAUCGCAACCAACUUGCCACGCUCGGAGAUGCUGUCUCCGAUUUAACAAAACUGGAGCUGCUCUAUGUCAGUCACAAUAAGAUUCAGAGUUUUCCCAACCUCAAGAAUUGCUCCCACCUGAAGGAGCUACAUAUGGGAUUCAAUUCGGUAGCCAGCAUAUCCACCGAAGACCUCGAGUGCGUACCCAACAUCCAUCUCAUUGAUCUAAGGGAUAACAAGCUAAAAGAAGUACCCAAAGAAAUUGUGAACUUACAAUCGUUGGAGCGACUCGACGUCUCGAACAACGACCUGAACAACCUUCCCUUUACGUUGGGAACAUUACCCAACUUGAAAUUGCUUCUGGUAGAAGGCAACCCUAUCAAGUCCAUUCGCCGGGAUAUCAUUCAAAGAGGCACAUUGGGACUGCUCAAGUAUUUGCGCUCCCGUUUAACAGAAGAAGAGUUGUCCACUCUCAGGGAUAAAGGCAAUGUCUCUCCCGUCCCGUUGUGUGGUAGUGCGCCUGUGCCCGAUAAAUAUGCCAUGAAAUCUUCUCACGUAUUGAAUAUGACCAAGAAAGAGAUAAGUUCCUUACCCGACGAAGCUGUGGCUAAUGCCAAGGAUGCUCAUGUGACUGGGGUGGAUUUGAGCAAAAACUUUUUCAAAGAAAUCCCGUCCAACUUGAAGGACCUAUUGCCAAGUGUCUAUGAAUUCAACAUGAGUGGAAACAAAUUAGAGUUAUGCCCCGCAUGGCUUGGGACAUUGGGCACUCAUUUGCAGUACCUCAAUCUCGGGAACAAUCGCCUCAGUGAUCUUCCUCCUGAAUUGGCCCAAUGUCAACAACUGCGAGAAUUAACCGUUCCUUACAACAAGCUCACUCAAAUUCCGUCCUGUGUCUAUGCAUUAUCAAAACUUGAGACCCUAAUUAUGGAAGGCAAUCAAAUAUCCGAAAUCAUCAUCGAUGAACUGGCCAAGUUAUCGCGUUUAGCCAUUCUGGACUUGCAAAAUAACAACGUGUCUCACGUGCCCCCGGAAUUGGGGCUCAUGACCCAACUACGCUCCUUGCAAUUGGAGGGAAAUGCAUUUCGUGUGCCUCGCGCCCAAGUGUUGGUCCAAGGAACUGAAGCUAUAUUGAGCUAUCUUCGAGAUCGUAUUCCAAAGUAAUCGUUUAAUUCAAUCGGAAAAUUCAUUCAAAUCAAUGGGUUCGGGUGACGGUCGUUUUUCAAAAUGUUUUUUCGCCGCGCCAUUCUCAUCGAAGGGACCAGCUGCCACCAGUAAAUGAUACAAGUUCGCCUUCAAGUCAAAAGUGGUUGUUUCGUCCGCAUAUGGAUUGGGAAUAUUAGUCACGGCUUCUCGAACGAAACUGCAGUAAAACGCCCCAUCUGUGAUCGCCACCGUGCUCUCCAAAAUUCCCAGACUGGGUUCAUCCAGGAUUUUAGCGGAUUUAGGAAAACCUCGCGUCCAAUAUUGAUCCACGUGUUCCUCGUUGUUAAGAGUGGAACACAAAACCACGCUAUCGUCACCCAUUUUACUGUUUUCAGACAAUCCAAUAGCCAAAUAGUUGGUGGUUGGGUCACUUACAUUUCCAUACAAUUCGAAUUGGUAAGCAUCCAAGUCUGUGAUGUAUAGAUAGGUGGUCACGAUGUCGCAAGACUUGCUCUCCACGCACGAAUCCGGAGUUCCAAAACAACCUUUGGUUGUUCCGCAUCCAUCGUAAAGCGAUUCUUGGGCCCGGGUGCCGAUUGAGAUGGUCAAAAGACAAAUGAGGAUGGAAACUCGGCCAAAUGUAUUCGAAUUGUGCAUUAUUGUCAAUCCCUGUUAGCGACUGUUCUUGAUCAUUCAGCACACCAAUGAAUGACCAGACCCAGUUCCUCAAAGCAUACUUUAAAUACUUAUAGUUUCUAUUUAUUUGCAUUAGUGAUAAACUAGGGUUCAUGACAAACCCGCAUUUGAACAUACACACAGAUUGUGAAGUGGAAUAAUUAAGUGUUAUUCAUUGAC